CAGGCUGAAGCCCUCAUUGCGCGCUAGUGAUUACAGGCAAAGGUGAUUGAUGGUAGGGACUUCACGCUGACUCUUUACUUCCUGUUUAGCGUCCAGUUUCACUUUCACUGCGGUCUCCCUCGCUAUUGGGCAGCCUUGGAGCUCGCAUUCCAUCUGUGACACACUUAGCAGCCAACUAGGAAGUGCCUGUUUGCGAGAUCAAAUCAUGGCUUUUAUUGAGCUCUUUUUAUAUGAGCAGCCUGCACUGCCCAGUCGGCCAUUCCUCAGGUGAGUACUUCUACACAUUCCCGUACUUGCUGAUUAUACCCAGCUGGUUUUGGUAACCACAAGGUUUAGCAACAUCAUAGUAUGUGAUGCCAUCUUGGGCCAACUUGAUUCACCAAAUGAGCAACUAUGUUAAAAGACAUUGUUAUUGCAGAGCAGCCAGUGUGUGCCUGUGUUCCCAGGGACUUCCCCCUCACUCUGCGCUGCCGGGCCCAAGGCUCUUCACCUCUGUACUAUCAGUGGUUUCUGCAUUCUGAGAGUUUUUGUAAAGAAAUUCCUGGGGCAAACCAGCCAGAUCUGCACAUUGUGACACAACAGACACAGUUGUAUAUCUGUCGAGUAAAUGAUCAGCAUCACCAUUUUGCAUUCAGUCACUGGGUAAAAGUCAAAGUCCUAAAGGACAUUACUAAAGAUUAUGUACUGCCAGGAUGGGAGGGUGACCCUGUCUUUAUAACUUACCCAAACCCUGCUCACCUGACAUCCCAACAGCCAGUGCAGUUCCAGUGCUGUGCCAUAGGGAUCCCAGCCCCCAAGUACCAGUGGUACCUGAAUGGACAGUGUUUGCCACAUAGAAGAGGGAGGAAGAUGCAGAUAAAAGCAGUAAAACCGAAGGACUGUGGAAGUUAUCUGUGCUGCGCGACUAAUGCCAAAGGGGAGAGGUGGAGUGAACCUGUUGAACUCACUCUUGAACAUUCCCCCACAAGACAGAAAGACAUUUUUUUUGCGGUAGGGAAAGUGGCUUUAAUAAUUGGCAACAAUUGUUACCUGAAACAUCCCAACCUCCUGGCUCCAGUGGUAGAUGUGUAUGAGUUAUCCAACUUCCUUGAAAAGCUGGAGUUCUGUGUGAUAUCACUGGUGGACUUGACCCAUAGUGAAAUGCUGAUAGCAGUUAACAAGUUCCUACAGUUUCUUGAUAAUGGAGUGUACGGGCUAUUUUACUAUGCUGGCCAUGGCUAUGAACGCUCUGGGAGAAAUUACAUGGUUCCCAUUGAUGCCCCCCAGCCUUACAGGCCUGAGAACUGCAUUAGUGUACAGAAAAUUCUGCAGAAGAUGCAGGAAAGGAGAACAGCUUUGAAUGUUGUACUCUUAGAUACGUGCAGGAAAUGGUACAAUGCUGACUGUGCUUUAUCAAAAGUGAAUCCCCUCAAACCAUUUGGGAACACUGUCUACGGCUACGCCACGUGUGAGAAUGCAGAGGCCUAUGAGGUACAGGAUGGAGACUCCAGCUCUGGGAUAUUCAUGACAUAUCUAAAGAAACAUAUUCUAGAAGAAAAGAAGGUUACCCACAUGCUGGAAGAUGUCCUAGAAGAUAUUGGAAGAGACCCUUUGAUAACAGGAAAGCAAGUCAUGGAAAUCAAACACACACUAACAGAGUCUCGAGCUUUGACUGACAGGAUCUGCAGCCCACAAAGUGAGCGCUUAAACAGAAAAGCAUGGGACAAGGAAAAUGAGUUGCCCAAGCAGAUAUUACUGUUCUCUUGUGGAGUUGAGGUAGAACUGAGCUUCCAGUCUGUAUUCUCCAACCUCAUCCACAUUUUUGCCAGAUUGAUCCAAACUCCAUCAUAUCUGACUGACAUAAGGACCAUUCUUUACAUAUGCUCUGACUUUGCAGAGCUUUCUAUUCCCAACACCUGCAGACUGGGCCACGAGGACUCCCUCCUGGCUAUGGGAAGUGAAGGGGAAGGGGCAGACUGUAUGCUGAGACUUCCAGACCUACAAAAAUGUCAGAAUGACAUCUUCAUCAAACUUGACCUGCAGUGCACAAACAUGGGGACAGGCGUCUGCUUACAAGAGAGUCUGGAGCACAGGAUCCCCAAGCCUUGGGUAGCAAGAUUAUUUAGCCAGAAAGACUUUUCGUUGGACAGUGCAGCUGGUAGCUCUGAUGACAGCAGGUCUAGGCAGAGACUACAGAGCAGCACAAACUCCCAUACACUAGGACAUGCAGGAGGAAUAUCUUUAGGAGCUCAGUCAAAGUCAAGCAGUGAGCCAGAGGAACAUGAUGAAGGUGACAUUUUUGCUGCUAAAUAAGAGGUCCUGCACAGGCUAAAGACAUUUUAAAUAUGUUCCAAACACACAGACUGGAUUAUCAUGAUAUGGAAACUUGAACUGAUAUUGGAAAAUCUGCCAGAUCUUAGCCAGUAGAUUACUGUCCUGUGCCUUUUUUGAUGGAACAGACCUUAGCCAAUUACUUAAGAGGUGAUGCAGGGAUAUUCAAAGUAUAGAAAUAUGCUCUAUGUAUCCAGUGUGGAUACUAAAAUGUUCCAGGCACUGUGUAUUUAUUGGUCUAUAUAGUCAGUUGGAGCAUUGCUUGCACCAGUAGAUAUGCUCCAUCUUUAAGUCUUAACGUACAAACAUUUAUACUAUACUGGUACAUGUCUGUAUUAAGCUGACCUUAUUCAGUCUGUUUGAAAAAGAUUCAUCAUCUAAAGUGUUCAGUAGUCAUGCCCAAACAGUAUGUUGCUAUCAUUAUUGUAUGGGGAGAUACUAGUGUUAAUUUAUGUGCAUAUAUGGUACAGUUAGACUAGGUAUCAUUUUCAUGCUGACAUUUCAUACAUUUCCCCAGAAGGCUCCAGAUUUUCCUUUAUAACUUUAUUACGUUUGGCCCAUCCCCUCUACAAAUUGUUGGGGGGCAGUGCUUGACAUGCAGAUGGACGUCAUGAACAACAUAGCUCAAAAUGUCGCACAGGUAGCUCUCAACCUCAAUGAUAGUUGUAGCCCUCUGUGCCCUACACCUUAAUUUAUCAUAAGAGUAAAUGUACUAUUUCAGCCUGCAGCCUUGUACCUGUAUAUGGCCAGGGAACUACUUGAAGAUUUUGAAUAUGUUGAUGUUUCUGUAACAGAAGGGAAUAUAUUAUGCAUUAUAUGAAGGUCCGCCCAGUGUGGCAUUACGUUGGCAGCAUGCUCUGACAUGGUUGGCUGUAUACAUUCUGUUAGAUUCAUAAAGUCUUUCCAGAUACUUGCCAGAAGCACUUGUGAAGCAUUAAGUGCUUUGUCUCUUUCCACAGGAAGAACGAGUAUUGUGCACUUCAUACUAAUUGAAAGUUCUCAUUGAUUGAAUAAUGAAAUAAUUUAUUGUGUUGGCUUUGUAUUUCAUAGCAAUAAAUGCAUUCUUUCUUUGUU